AUGGCAGCGAAGCCCGAAGACGUAAGCACAGCACCCACGGAAGGCGCCGGUCUCUUCAGUGGAGCAGGCCCGGAGAAGCAGCCCGAGCCUAAUCCUGUAGCCGACUCUGCCGACAAGAAGGACGAUGGAGAUGCCGUCGACAGCGCAACCGCAGCGGUAGCGGAUCUUUCGGUCGACGAGAAGAAAGAGGAAGCAAAGCCGACGGAAGUCACACCUGAAGCUACUGCCCCAGCUCCUGCAGCCGCUCCCGAACCCGCAUCCAGCGACGCCAAACCCGAACCCAGCACCGUAACACCCACCCAAGGCCCCAUCUGGCCCGAGACCGCACCCGACCACCCACUCACGAAGUUCUACGACGCCUUCGAGGCUCUCACCGCCGAAGCUCAACACAAUGAAGUCUACGGCAUCGAGCUGAGCAAGUCGAAGCCCUUCCACACCAAGCUCAUACUACAAAAGUUCCUCCGGGCCAACCAGAAUGAUUUGGACAAAGCCAAGUCACAGCUGCUCGACACGCUGAAGUGGAGGAAGGAGUUUGAUCCAAUCAAGGCAGCAGGAGAGACAUUCCCGAAGAACAAGUUCGAUGGAUUAGGCUACGUGCUCGAGAUUGAAGGUGUACCCGAGAGCCCCAACAAGAAGGAUAUCGUUACCUUCAACAUCUACGGAGCUGUCAAGGAUAACAAGGCUACUUUUGGCGAUCUGGAUGGCUUCCUCCGCUGGCGCGUAGGCCUCAUGGAAAAGUCCGUGCAAGCGCUCAACCUGCCCGCCGCCACAACACCCAUCCCCAACUUCGGCGAAGGCCCCGACCCAUACCAAGGGUUUCAAAUCCACGACUACCUCCAAGUCUCCUUCCUCCGCCGUGACCCCCUCGUCAAGACUGCGACCAACAAGACUAUCGAGAUACUAGGACGCCACUACCCUGAGACGCUGAGCAGGAAGUUCUUUGUCAAUGUACCUGUGGUCAUGGGCUGGCUGUUCAAUGCGAUGAAGUUGGUUGUGGCCAAGGAGACGAGCAAGAAGUUUGUUGUGUUGAGCUACGGUAAUCAGCUUGCUGCUGAGCUGGGCAAGGGUGUUCCGAAGAGCUAUGGUGGUGAGAGGGGGGAGUUGGCUGAGUGCGCUGAGGGUAUGAAGAUGGAGUAA